AUGCUUUGCUCCUUGUGUACCAGGCAAAAUGGUCUACUUCGGGCACACUUAGUCCAUGGCUUCCGUGCUCACAUCCCACAUCCAGCAGUCUUUGCCUUCAAAUGCAAUCCGCCUCGGAGGCGACAGUAUGCCAUCGAGGUCGGAUCAGGUAUAUCCCUUGAGAAAGGGGACCGCAACAGCCUAUCUCUGAAUGCGACGCCACGAUUUAACGAGAUAGGGGUUCAGCAGCUUAGCAGUCAUGUCCAUCCUCAGAUUUUCUCUGGCCCGCCAACGACGCCCCCACAGCAUCUGAUAGAUCUCAGUAAGGACCAUCUUAGCAGGCACCAACUGUUGGGCAAGAACCAAGAAAAUGCGCCUCCAAUCGCCUUUGAUCUACCUGCCCUCCACGGCUCCACGUUGGACGAGCAUUUUCACAAGCUGGGCAGAGACGCCUCCGAGCCAUAUUACAGUCAAGCGUUGGACUACGCACGUGCAGACCUUCCUAGAGCUCCGAGGACGUGGGUCAAGCAAAGUGGAUGGACAAAGUACAAUGAAGAUGGCUCACAUGUAGUAGUGGAAGCACCGCAGGAGGAAAUGCUGACCUUUGAUACUGAAGUCAUGUGGAAGGAAAGCUCGUUUGCCGUAAUGGCCUGCGCUUCUAGCAAGACGGCAUGGUACGCAUGGCUCUCUCCUUGGCUCAUGGGGGAGUCUGAGUCGGAUCGGCAUCUGAUACCGCUGGGCAAUCCGGACCAGGCACGUAUCAUCAUUGGACACAACAUUGGCUAUGACCGGGCACGAAUAGCUGAAGAAUAUGACGUGCGACAAUCGAAGAACUUCUUUUUGGAUACCAUGUCCUUACAUGUAGCAGUCAACGGGAUGUGCUCUAGGCAGAGGCCGACUUGGAUGAAACACAAGAAGAAUAGGGAUAUGCGAGCCAAAAUCGCCAGCGAAAGCAAUUCUGUCGAGCUAUCGAGUUUGCUGGAAAACAACAUCCUAAGCGAAGAAGAGGAAGAACUGUGGGUCGGUAGGAGCUCUAUCAAUUCGUUGCGGGAUGUUGCUAAAUUCCAUUGCAAUGUAACCAUUGAUAAAGCGCAGCGCGACCAGUUUGGAGAACUUGAUCGAGCUGGUGUUCGAGAGAAGCUUGAUGAGCUAUUGGACUAUUGCGCAGCUGAUGUCGCAAUUACCCAUCGCGUCUACAAGAAAGUGUUUCCCGGGUUUCUGGAAGUCUGUCCACAUCCCGUUAGCUUUGGUGCUCUGCGCCAUCUAUCAUCUGUCAUCCUACCAGUCGAUAAGUCGUGGGACACUUACCUGGAUCGGUCAGAAGAGACCUACAUCCGACUAUCGAAGGCAGUGGAGCAGCGACUCAGUGAUCUCGCGGAUCGUGCGCUGGAUUUGAAAGGCGAUCCAGGUAACUACAGCAAAGAUGACUGGCUUGGGCAGCUAGAUUGGUCAGGUCAAGAGAUCAGGAUGGUCAAAGGAAAGAAGAAAGGGGACCCACCGAGACCAGCAGCGCGGCAAAAGAUGCCUGGCAUGCCGAAGUGGUACAAAGAUCUAUUCGCAACGAAUGAGGCAAACCUCGCUCUGACAGUCAGAACACGUAUCGCACCAUUACUGCUUCGCCUGUCAUGGGAUGGACAUCCCCUCGUUUGGUCGGAUAAAUAUGGGUGGACGUUUAAGGUGCCUGUUGCGUCAGCCGACAAGUAUACUGAUAAACCAGUGGUCGAUUGCAACAUGAUUGACGAGAAGAACUUGGACAUCCGAGACGACAGGAAGCAUCGAUACUUCAAAUUGCCCCACAAAGACGGGCCGCAAGCACGGUGUGCGAGUCCGUUGGCCAAAGGCUAUCUGCAAUACUUCGAAAGCGGAGUUCUUUCUUCGGAGUUUUCUUACGCAAAGGAAGCUUUGGAAAUGAAUGCGUCUUGUUCGUACUGGAUCAGCGCAAGGGACCGCAUUCGGUCACAGAUGGUGGUCUACGAGAAAGAUACUGUGGGCAUACACCAGGCAAAUGCAUCAGAAGAUCUUGGCUUCAUUCUUCCGCAGGUCAUUCCAAUGGGAACAAUCACUCGCAGGGCCGUAGAGAAUACCUGGCUGACAGCAAGCAACGCUAAACGGAAUAGAGUUGGUUCGGAGCUAAAGUCGAUGAUCAGAGCUCCUCCAGGAUACUGUUUUGUCGGUGCCGAUGUCGACUCUCAGGAGCUGUGGAUCGCAAGUCUUGUGGGAGAUGCGCAGUUUCGCCUUCACGGAGGCAAUGCAAUUGGCUUCAUGACCCUCGAGGGUACUAAAGCAGCAGGUACCGACCUGCAUUCAAAGACAGCAAAGAUUUUGGGGAUUUCCCGGAACGAUGCUAAGGUCUUCAACUACGGCCGUAUAUAUGGAGCAGGCCUCAAAUUCGCUUCGACGCUACUUCGCCAAUUCAACCCCAACCUUUCAGAAAAGGAAACCCAAGAGAUCGCCACAAGGCUCUACAAAGAGACGAAGGGUACCAAGACCUCCCGGAAAUUGCUCAACGAACGCUCGUUCUGGCGCGGGGGAACGGAGUCCUUCGUUUUCAAUCGGCUUGAAGAAUUCGCAGAGCAAGAGCGACCCCGAACGCCAGUUCUCGGUGCUGGCAUUACCGAAGCUCUAAUGCGCCGCUACAUCAAUAAAGGCGGCUUCAUGACCUCCAGGAUCAAUUGGGCCAUUCAAUCUUCAGGGGUAGACUACCUUCAUCUCCUGAUCAUCUCAAUGGACUACCUCAUUCGCCGUUUUAACAUCGAUGCACGCCUCGCAAUCACUGUCCAUGAUGAGAUCAGAUACCUGGUCAAAGAAGAGGACAAGUAUCGUGGCGCAAUGGCUCUCCAGGUCGCGAAUGUGUGGACGCGCGCCAUGUUCUCCCAACAAAUGGGCAUCAACGACUUACCCCAGUCUUGCGCCUAUUUCAGCGCUGUUGACAUUGAUCAUGUCCUGAGAAAGGAGGUAGACAUGGACUGUGUCACCCCGAGCCAUCCCGAGAAGAUUCCGCACGGAGAGAGCGUCAGCAUCAAUCAGCUACUCGACAAAGGAUCGGCCGCCUACCUUGACCCAGCCGUUGUACCGAAGAAGCCAAUCGAUCUAGACCAGCACCCCUACACACGCCGUCCAUCCGUCAUGGCCGAGCUACGUGAACGUACAGAUGUCGACUACUUGAAGGCGCAGAUCUCCACCGAUGCCAAGGAGCUCAGUGAACUCAUCAAGGAUAUCUCGAAACGCUCCUCUAAAAAUACGACGGCUUCUCCAUACACGGGAAAGCCAUUCGCAGGGAGUAGCAGCACAAGAAGUAAAACCUCUGCGUCCAUUUACGCGCAGCCGCAGGAACCAAGACUCGUUGAUGCACCCUAUAGCUACGAGGGCGUUACACGAUUCUGGGAGCCGGCGAGUACCAAGGGAGGGCAACAUGGGAAGCCGUGGAUCCGGACGCAGCUGACAGGAAAGCCGAUUUUGAACGAUAGGCCGUGA